AUGCCUCCGAAAAAACAACCAGAAAAGGGUAAAGCCGGCGGAAAUGCCAAAUCGGGUGGAGGAAAAUCUGGUGGUGAUGCAAAAGAAUCGGCUGGAAAAGAGAAAAAAGGCGGGACAGCUGUCAAAGUCCGUCAUAUAUUAUGUGAGAAGCAAUCAAAAUGUUUAGAAGCCUUGGAGAAAUUGAAAGCUGGACAAAAAUUCCCGGAUGUUGCAUCCGCGUACAGUGAGGAUAAGGCGCGGCAAGGUGGGGAUCUUGGCUGGAUGACCCGUGGUUCGAUGGUGGGCCCAUUUCAGGAUGCGGCAUUCGCCUUACCAAUAUCUACAGUCAAUAGCCCUGUGUACACCGACCCUCCAAUAAAAACCAAGUUUGGUUAUCAUAUCAUAAUGGUAGAAGGCAAAAAAUGA